CGAAGUGCCUCUAUUUGGUGGAGGACUAUGUUGUGAAAUCUGUCAAUUAGUUAUAUUUUGAUAGUUACAUUUUUGGGAUAUUUUGUCGAUUUCGUUGAGGACGCAAUGCACAACUUAACCGGAGGAUGGAACUUUUCAACGACGCAAAUGUUUUGUUGAGGACUGUUGUUUUAUUCUCUGACUGGUUAGCUACUAGCUACCUAGCCAAAUUGGAGUGUUAAUGGUUAGCUACUGUAGCUAGCUAGCUAACCCUAAAAAGUCACGUCUCAACUGGCCGCCUAACCUAAUUUCCCUUAAAAGUUAUUGUAAGGGAUAUCUCUCUCUCGUUGACAGUAUUGGUCAAGUAUGUGUUUGUUUAGCCUUUGUGCGACAACAGGAAUUGCAUUUGAGUACUUUAUAAGGUUAGCUAGUUACGAAUAGUCGCUUGCUGUAACUUGUGCCAAGUCUGACUUCAUCUAACAAAAAUGAGAUAGAGGGAAGACACCAAGGACAUUUCCCGCUGAUUUAGCUGCUCUGAAUUGGACCGAAAGGUUUGUGUGUGAGGCCUGCAGGUCGGGCUUUCACCCGGAUAGAGUAGGGCCGUACGCCGCCUCUGUGCGCUCCUAGGCCAGCAGCUCGCGCUGCCAGGCUGGAGGCCGGUGACUUCAAGAAAUGGAACGAAUGGAAGUGGACCAGUGCGCAGGCGCAGCUGCCGGGAGCGGAGGCGGGGCUCUUCGUAGAUCGAACAGCGCCCCCAUGAUCACGAGUGUCAGCGAUGGUAUGACAGUGUUCAGUCCAAUUAUUUCACCCCGGUAUCGACGGAGCAGUGUCUCUGUCAACCCCAGCUGUCCUUCUCUGGCCGUCCCCCUGUCCCCUUUCUCAUUGGGUGGUGAGAGACCAGACCACAAAAGGCAGGAAGAGAAUAUGGAGAUGACACUCAGGGGGAGUCUUCAGAGACUGAGUGAUUCCAACCUGGUCCCUCCUGUCAGUCACUGGCAUGACCAUUCAUCAGUGGGAUUCCAUUUACCGGACAGUGGUAUCACACCCAAUUCGUCCCCUAGUCCAACUCGGAGGUUUAGGGGGCCAACAGUCAGCUCUACUGUGAGAUGGCCUGCCCUGACUCCACUGAAAAGGAAAGGAGGAGUGGAGUCUGAUGGUCCGCCGAAGAAGCUGUUUGUUGCCGGGGUAACAGAUCCUGCUCACCGAACUAGUUACACAGUCAGUGUGACUCAGGCAUCUGCUGGCUCUCCUACAGGUGGUGUGUGUGGUGCUAGUCCCCAGGGUAGUACCCUGUACCUGUCUCCUCCCCCCUCAUUCACCUCUCACCAGCCCAAUAUCUAGAAACCACAACACCAGCAGCCUAUCACAGACCAGGACUACAGUCAGUCCUAGAUUCUACUCACAGCCUAUCAGAGCGCUCCUCUCCCUCAAACCAUCAGAGCCUUGGGGAAACUCAUCAUAUUCCUUGGCUCCUGAAGUAAUCAUGUCUUGAGUUGUAAUCAAGAUAAUAUAUAGAUGUUACACAAAGACUGGCACCUGUGCUUUGUUAAUCAGAAGGUUGCAUGAAAUGCCCUGCCAAAGGAAGUCAGGGGUGAAGAGACUAUACUUUUCCUUGUUGGGCUUUUGUUUAUAUCAAAGUUAGGUGUUAAAAGGCCUUUUGUGUUGUGUUCAGGGGUAAUGGUGAGGGCAUGUUGUAAUCCCACUGAACGUGGCCCAAUCGUCCAGUAUUCUUUGAUAGUCCAGAAGUAAGCGCUCAAAAAUGAGACAUGAAGAUAAGGUGUCACAGCAGACUGUCAAGCCAGCGGUGGCUCAGUUUGUCUAUGUGAAUAGUGUAUUAAUAUGUGAAUACUGAUAUAAGCAGGGCUGCCUUUAAGGCAGGACUGGGAGUGGGUUCUCUGGCUGAGGGGGAUUGUUCUGUAGAUAUAGAAUCCCUAGGCAAAGUUCUGCCCAGAGGACCCACCCAGUCCUGGUCCUUUAUGGCUUAAACCUAAUGAGAGAUUGGCAUGGAUACUCACCUCUUGACAGGUGUGUGUAAACUUUAGUUUGAUAGAAGGGACCUCGACUGGUGAUCUCAGUCCUCUGGGUAGUGCGUGAUAUUACCCUUUCUCUUCAUACAUACUACUUUAAAAAGGGUAGCCCUUGGGGUGUUAUCACAUUUUCCCAUUGAUUACAUGAAUGUUAUUAUUUGACUUCUGUAAUGUGGUAUGGUUGUACAUGCUCAGGACCCUCAUAGAUAUUGUGAAAUAUCAUAAGUGACAUCAUGGGUAUAUCAUGUUGUUUGGGUUGAUGUAAUCUAUGGGAAAGUUCUGUUUUUUAAUCCCAUGCAUGAGUCUGUGACCUCCAGACCUUUUCACUUGUGAAAUAAGAGUACAAGCUGCUUAGAGAAGUGUCUUAUACAAAAACAAAUAAUGUUAUUGAUAGUAACUAUGUGUAAUACUCUUCAAAUGCCCUUUCCAGAGCUGAGUUUUACACCAACAGACAGAUUCUUUUCUCUAAAUUGUCUCCUUUUUGUGGAUGGAACAUUCUACUUCCAAUUAAGAUUUUGCACAGUAUUAGUUUCACAUUAUUAAUCAAUAUUGCUGUUACACAAAUGGGAUCCUGUUUAAGACAUGCUGUUGCGUUGUAUAUUUGUUGCUUAAUUUGUUCAUUUCUCAUCAGGUCUCUGUCCUGUCUCAAAGAAGUGCUUAGGUCAGCAAGGGUUGAGGGUCAUCUUCUGAUCUUAACCCCAGAUUUAGAAACUUUGUUUUUCCUCAGUGACAAUCAGUGAAUUUGGAGGGAAAUAAAAACUGUAGUUGUUUUAAGUUC